AUGUCUUUCGCCUUAUAGCAUCUGUGCGCCCACAACUUCCAUCUCUUGCGUUUGAAACGCCUCCGUUCUCGACUGGUCAUUCAAUGCGGUCUCCCAGUUUGUCUGCGACGAACAAAUGACAAUGGCGGGCUGACGUACCGCGAGCUGUGGCCCCGGUCGUCGACUGUCAUACUGCCCGUCAGCCAUGGCAGCGAACUGCGCUCUUCGUGCUCGACGUCUCCCUUCCAUUGUACAUGCUUUUCAUCCUUCCCCUCCUUCCCUCUCCUCCGGAGACCCCAGAUCACCUCCCCCGCUCUUGCCCCGCUCCGUCUCUGCGGAGAACAGCCCCUGCGGAAACCCGACUCUCGGCACGCAGGAUCUAGGCUCUGUUUGUUUGCGUUGCCAUUUGUUUGUCCGUCCCCCCAUCUUCCUCACCAGGCGCGUUUCCACUCUAUUUUCUCGUCGGCAUCUCCCAUCGAUGGACGCAUCUCCUCUUCCGAAUGUACCCCGCCGCACCGCUUUCUCAUACCACACGAGUUUUUCCGCGUCUUUUCGCAGCCAUUGUCAUAGCAGCUAUUACCGCCGCGUUCAAUGUCAUGGCGCCCAUUGGGCAAAUGAAUCCCCCCCCUCCGGUCUCCAUCGCCUCGCGCACAUCAUGACAAGGAAAGUGACGCGUCCAAGCCAGCGAUCCCAAGGUCAAUCCUGGCUCUAUCGCCCUUCCUUUACGCAGAUAUACAGCCUGUUUACUACUCUCGCCGGAGAUGAAUUCUACUGUACGUCUUCGCAUCGCAUUCCUUGUACCUCCCCAUUCUCACCGACGGUUCAGACGCAUAAGCUGCUGCCCCAGGAGCUCGCAAGCUCAAGCUUCAGACUCUCCUCCGGAGUUCAUUGAAAGCUGAGCUUCGCCCCCGGCACCGUAUGCGCAGGAGGUUCUUUGCCACUUCUCUGCCUUCGCGUGCGACGAAGUCGCCCGCAUGGCGCCCACACCCGCCUACACCUUCGACGUCAUCGCCCCUGUUCCUCGCCCGGCGUUUGCCGCGCGCAUUUGUUUGCCUGCCGCGCG